CCAACCAAACCAAACCAAACGUCUCAGUCUGCUUUUCUCUCUUCCCCUGUUUCCCUCUGGCUGCACCCUUUACUGCAUAGAGGAACAACAGAGAGAGCCAGAGAGGGAAGAUGAAUAGUAAAGAGAAGCUUGUGGUAGAAGUUGUUAGAGCCCGUAACUUGAUGCCCAAGGAUGGGAAAGGCUCAUCGUCGGCGUUCGUGGAGGUGGAGUUUGAGAACCAGAGACAAAGAACCCAAGUGAAACGCAAAGACCUGAAUCCUGUUUGGAAAGAGAAGCUUGUUUUUAACGUCAAUGAUGUUGCAGAACUCCGUUAUAGAGCUGUGGAAAUUAAUGUUUUUAACGAGCGGAAAUCCGGUAGCAACCGGAAUUUUCUGGGUAAGGUGAGGAUUUCUUGUUCUAACAUCGUUAGAGAAGUAGAGGAGAUUGCACAGCUUUACACGCUUGAGAAGCGGAGUUUGUUCUCUAACGUUCGUGGUGAGAUCAGCCUGAAGCUUUACCUCUCAACAAAGGAACAGACUAAGAAGGGUAACGGAAACGAAGCUGCAACUUCUUCUACUUUUGUGAAAAAGCCGAACAAUAUGCAUCUGCAAGCCACAUCUGGGUCUUUCACUCUGCAACCACAGCAGCAGCAGCGGCAACAACAGAAACAAUUGACGCAGGACAACAAAUGGCCACAACCACCCCGGCAGCAAUCCAAGCCUGUGGAGCCAAACCCAAGUGAGAUUAAGCCGGUCGUCUUCACAACCGGACCCGGACCAUCUAUCCGCACUUCCAACAUUGUCGGUGUUGGUGGCGGUGGCGGUGGCACAGGGGGUUUUAGUUCUUCUGGUUUAAAUGAGUUCACACUCAAAGAAACUAGUCCUCAUUUGGGAGGAGAACCAACCAAAAAAGAUAAGACUAGUUCAACUUAUGACCUAGUGGAGCAAAUGAUGUAUCUCUAUGUCCGGGUCGUUAAAGGUCGUGUCUUUUCGAUCUUUGGUGGUGGUGAAGUAGUUGCAGAGGUGAAGCUUGGGAACUACAGAGGGCUUACUAAAAGGGCGAGCUUGAGUAACCCAGAAUGGAAUCAAGUCUUCGCUUUCUCCAAGGAUUCUAUUCAGUCAUCCAUGGUGGAGAUUUUCGUGAAAGAAAAUAAUAAAGAUGAUUACUUGGGUCGAAUCUGGUUCGAUUUAAACGAGGUUCCAAAACGGGUUCCGCCUGAUAGUCAAUUGGCUCCACAAUGGUAUCGUAUGGAAGACAAGAAAGGGGAGAAAACCAAGGGAGGAGAAGUGAUGGUCUCGGUCUGGUUCGGGACACAAACAGACGAAGCAUUUGCUGAGGCUUGGCAUUCUAAGUCUGCCAAUGUGCACUUCGAUGGCAUCUGUUCUAUCAAGUCCAAGGUUUAUCUCUCACCGAAGCUUUGGUAUCUCCGUGUAACCAUCAUUGAAGCACAGGACAUAGUUCCAGUUGAGAAAGGCUCAACAAUGGCAAAGUUCUCAGAGCUUUCAGCCAAAGCCCAAGUGGGAAACCAGGUGUUGAAGACCAGAGUCGCCCCUGCCAUGGCUAACCGGACCCUCUCCAACCCAUUCUGGAACGAAGACUUGAUGUUCGUAGUCGCCGAACCGUUCGAAGACUACCUAAUGCUUUCCGUAGAGAACCGAAUUGGACCGGGGCGUGAUAAUAUUCUGGGUCGCGUUCUAAUCCCUGUAAAGUCAAUAGAACGCCGGCUCGGAGACGAACCGACGGUCUCCAAAUGGUUCACCCUGGACACGCACUACAACAACAUGGGAUUGACCGAACCAAAAGUGGUGACCCGGUUUGGUUCACGGAUCCAUCUUCGUCUUUCUCUCGACGGUGGCUACCAUGUGCUGGAUGAGUCGACUAUGUACAGCAGCGAUGUACGGCCGACGGCGAAGCAACUGUGGAAGCCCCAAAUUGGUGCCCUUGAGAUGGGAAUCUUGGGAGCCACUGGUCUGACGUCAAUGAAGAUCAAGCAAGGCAAAGGAGGCUCCACAGAUGCAUACUGUGUCGCGAAGUACGGUCAAAAAUGGGUUCGUACUCGUACUGUGAUUGACAGUUUGGCACCGAAGUGGAACGAGCAGUAUUCAUGGGAAGUGUUCGACCCCUGCACCAUCAUCACAAUCGGCGUCUUCGACAACUCCCACACCGACAAAUCGGCCGGCGCCGGUGUCGGGGCAAGGGACUCUCUUAUUGGGAAAAUCAGAAUCAGGCUAUCCACGCUUGAAUCUAAUCGUGUGUACACGCAUUCAUAUCCACUUCUGAUGCUCCACACUUCAGGUGUGAAGAAAAUGGGGGAGCUUCACUUGGCGAUCAGGUUCACCUGCGCUAACAUGGCUAACGUGCUCCAUAUGUACCCUUUGCCACUGCUGCCUAGAAUGCACUAUGUGCUUCCCCUGUCGGUGAACCAACUGGAGAGUUUGAGGUAUCAGGCGAUGAACGUAGUGGCGACCCGGUUGAGCCGGGCGGAACCGCCGCUCGGUAGGGAGGUGGUCGAGUACAUGCUCGACCAUGGCUCUCAUAUGUGGAGCAUGAGACGCAGUAAGGCCAACUUCUUUCGCAUUGUUUCAGUUCUAUCGACCGGCAUCGCACUGUGGAAAUGGGUCGAAUCGGUUCGCAAUUGGCAGAAACCGGUCCACACGGUCUUGUUUGUGGUCUUCUUCCUUGUGCUCGACAUAUUUCCUGAACUAAUCCUACCCUUCAUCUUUCUCUGCUUAUCCCUCACGGGGCUCUGGCGAUACCCAUGGCGGCCUAGGCACCCGCCGCACAUGGACACUCGGCUCUCUUGUGCUGAGACGGUGUAUGGCGAUGAAUUGGAUGAGGAAUUCGAUACGUUUCCGACGAGGCGUAGUGCCGACAUUGUUCGGGUGAGGUACGACCGGUUGAGAAGUGUGGCUGGGAGGAUACAAUCGGUGGUUGGUGAUUUGGCUACACAAAGUGAACGGUUGCAAGCGUUGUUGAGUUGGAGAGACCCACGAGCAACGGUGUUGUUUAUGGUGGUUUGUUUGGUAGUGGCGGUGGGGUUCUAUGCGGUGCCGUUUCGAGUGGUGGUUGGUUUUUGGGGGUUGUAUGCUUUGAGGCCUCCCAGGUUCAAGAGCAAGUUGCCUUCUCCAGCUCUAAGCUUCUUUAGGAGAUUACCUUCAAAGGCUGACACUCUGUUGUAAGUAAAGAAUUGAAAAG